AUGGCUCCUCUGUUUUCCUCUGGGCACGCGCCCAUCCGGGCGCGUCUUCUUCUGGUCCUACAUUUAUUACCUCUCCCGAUUCCUCCACACUCUCCGCACGUUUUUCACCAUCCUCCGCCGGAGAAAGCUCUCGAUGUUCCAGCUCUUCAACCACUCCAUACUAAUCUUCGCUUCCUUCUUGUGGCUGGAGUUUUCCCAAUCGUUUCAAGUCCUGGCAAUCCUCCUCACAACUUCCAUAUACGCCGUCGUUUACGGGUACCGAUUCUGGACCGCAAUUGGGUUGCCCAGUGCUUGUUUUCCGUUCGUCGUGAAUUGCCAGAUUGUGCUAUUGGGCUGCAAUUUGGUCUGCCAUAUCGGGGUUCUGUCGCUGCAUUUGAUCAAGGGUGGAUGCAACGGAAUUGGGGCGUGGAUUUUUAA